UUUUGACCUAUGUUCCAAUGGCGGACUGCACCACUCUUUCCAUAUCCAAAAUGCCCAAGACGCCAGAUCAGCUUGACUCGGCGACUGAAGAUAGCGACCAUACUGGUUCGCGAAUGGGAGACGACCAAGAGGAACUGCCUCGCCAGUUCUCCCUUCUUUCUACGCUCGCACUCGGAUUUAGCAUGACCAAUUCAUGGCUCGGAUACUCGGCCACCUUCAUCACCCCGCUGUUGAUGGGAGGCAGUCCAGCUGUCUUUUUUGGCCUCGUUGGUGCCUCUAUUGCCAGUUCCUUGAUCACGGCGGGCCUGGCCGAGCUUGCGUCGGCGUAUCCAUCCAGUGGCGGGCAAUAUCAUUUUGCUUAUAUGGUUAGUUCUCCGAGAUACCGUGCUCCGGUGGCUUUUGCAAUGGGAUGGUUGAGUGUGAUCGCAUGGGCUCUCACCAGUGCAUCCACUGCGGUGGUCUGUGCACAGAUGACUGGAAACCUGGCCAGCAUCUACAACCCAAGUUACACCCCAGAGCCUUGGCAGACAUAUCUGAUAUAUACCGCCCUGGUCCUUAUCUCAACAGCAAUUGUCUGCUUGUUGCCACGAGCACUCCCCCGAGGAGAAAUUGUUAUGUUUAUUAGCAGCUUUCUCGGGUUUGUCGCCAGUUUUGUCACUGUGUUGGCGACGCAGAAACAUAAAAGAUCCGCGACAGCGGUCUUUCUCGAUUACAAAAACCUCAGUGGCUGGAAUGACGGUACAUCGUUUCUUCUUGGGCUUGGGACGUCUAUGUAUGCGUAUUUGGCUAUCGAUGGAGCGUGCCAUAUCGCAGAGGAGCUUCCAAAUCCCGGACGCGAUGUUCCUCGUGCCAUGGGAUUAACAAUGCUAAUUGGCGCCACAACGGUCUUUCCUUGGACAGUUGCGUUCUUAUUCGCGGGCACAGACAACAGUGCCGUCGCCUCAUCGUCCAUUCCAAUCUAUACAAUCUAUCUGCAAGCCACCCAAAGUCACUCCGCGGCCACUGUGCUCACUGUUUGGGUUCUUUUUGUCUACAGCGGCGCGUUGGUGUCUUGUAUAGCCCCCGUGAAUGCCACAGUGGGGUGUUCUGUCGCCAUCAUCAUCUACGGGCUGAUUUAUAUUGGAUCUACAACAGCUUUCAACAGUUUCAUAACCAUGUCCAUCCUGUCUCUUAAUCUGACAUAUGCCGUGCCACAGGCUAUAAUUUUGUUCCGAGGUCGAGAACGCAUCCUGCCUAAGCGCUCGUUUGCUCUGGGUCCGUACCUCGGACGGCUAUGUAACGCCUUUUCGGCCCUUUGGGUACCGUUUAUUACGAUUAUAUUCUGCUUUCCCACGUCUCUUCCGACAACAGUCUCUAGUAUGAACUAUGUUAGUGUGGUUAUUAUUGGGAUAUCAUUCUUGAUUCUGGUCUCCUGGUGCGGGGGCAAACAUAAGACAUUCUCUGGGCCGAAAAUCGUAAUACAGGGACUUGAGGUUGUACCUUAG